AGAUAGUUAAUCCUAGGACACAACCCUGAGGAACUCCAGCAGAGAUGUCCUGGAGCUGAGAUGACUGAUCUCCACCAACACAACCAUCUCUCUUUUUGCCAGAUAAGGGGACAAAAACUAAUGUAUCACUCAUGUUGAAGAAGAGAGGGAGGCAGAAGAUGAGGAGCCACAAGCUGGUUAUCCUGACCUCGGUCAUUGACCUGGCAACAGCUCAAGUUUACACGUCGUCUGCUUCUUAUGAGGAGCCUGACUGCCAAGAUUUCCCUGAUAUCCCAGUCUGCCCCAUGUUCACAAAGCGAGUCUGUGGAACAGAUGGCAUGACCUACAUAAACCGUUGUAAUUUAUGCCUUUAUAAUUGGUUGAAUAAUGCAAAUGUUAAGAUCAGUCACAAUGGAUUUUGUACAAAGACACGACCAGAAGAGGAAGAAUACUGACUGAGGUGGAAAAAGUUCUAGUGUUGAACUGAAGUCUUUCUUCGAAAGUCUUCAUUUGAUUGGUUGGAUUAAGAAUAAACUUAAAUAAAUAUGAA